UGUCCGUAACUCAGCGUAGAAUCGCUGCUUUCACGUCCAAACGCAAACAGAUGUGGAGUGGUUGUCCAAAUUUUUGACAUAUCUCGUCCAGGAUUCAGCCGAGCAGCGAGAAACAAUUUUUUCUAUAGAAUUUUUAUAACACCGAAAGAAACGUGGGGUCACGAAGCGGUCAGGGCUUACAGAGCAGAAACGAAAAAAGAAACACAUAGAAAGAAAUCGCCAUGAGCGAGUUAAGCCAAGAGGAAGUAAGAAGAAGGCGUAUGGCUCGUUUAGCAGGUCUGGACACCAUCGGUUCAACAGCUAAUUCGAAUCAUAACAACGCACCUUCAGUAUCUCCAGCAUCUGUAUCUCCAGUGUCUCCAGUAUUAUCUAUGUCUCCGAUAUCUCCAAAUACACCAGGCCCUUCGAAGGCGUACACAGACCAGAUAGUACCAAACAUAAAACAGCAACAAUUUCAAAAUCCUGAAGCACCAAUGGAGGUAGAAGAAAAUAAUGACAAGCAAUGUUGCAGUUCUGGUAUGGAUGUAGACUCUGGAAUUGAAAACAUGGAAGUAGAGGAUAACGAUAGAAAAGACCUAAAACCGAGAUCACGCACUACGAGCUCCAGUACAGAGGUAACGACAGAACAAAUCCACGCAGUUAUCACGCGCGUACUACGCAUAUCAUGGAAAGAACCUAUGGAAGGUUGUAUAUUCUUACCACAAACAUCGGCGUAUGCAUCGUCAACAAAACUCGUCGAUUACACAGAGAUUAUUAAUCAAGGAUUGAUGGAGGUUCUGUGUAUGUUCAUAAGAGACGAGGAUCCUCUGAAAGAUAUCGUUAUGGAAACGUCUUCGGAUCGGGAAGACAGCCCUAAUAGUCAGACGAGCUCGUUACAAAGUCCGUUCACGACGUUUUGUCGUUGCGAUAUGUGCUGUAAAUCAUCGCAGCCUAAGAGUCUCACUUAUUUAUUAGAUUGCUAUUCGAAAAUCGCAACCGAAGAACGAAAUCACCCGAAGAAGUCGAGUACACCACCAUUGUCCGAUGUGCUGACAGCUCUCCGGGCGCAGUGUGUUCAGUAUUCCAGUCUUGUGCUACAAGGCCUAGUCGGCAUUUCUCAAUCUUGUACGACGUAUCCAUUCGCCAUGACGCCUCUUCUAUAUCCUGUCCUCUCGCAGAGUUUACCACGGGGUUAUCUACACGAGCUUGUGUCGAGAACGCACACGAAUACGACGGUGUUCAAUCAAAUUUUCACGCCGCUUCUCCAAGGAUUAUAUCUGUCGAUGCAUCAGAACAGCUUGAUCCGAAACACGCAUCGAAAGCCGAUCGAGGCGUUAGAAGAUUUAAUAGAAAUUCGUUGUGGGCCCAGCAGCAACAUACGACCAGUGUGCCGUUUAAUUGUUACUCAAGUACAAUUUUUACCCGACAUCAUGACGACGGCCGCUGGCCGGGAAAUUACGACGACCUCUCUUCUCGGACCUUUCCUCUCGGUUUCUGUGUUCGCCGAAGAUCAGCUGAACGACAAGUUCUUCGUUGACCAGUCGGUGCAUCUAACGUUGCAGCAAGAGCUGGAGGGCAUCAGGACUUCGUUACACAAGAUAUUUCACGCGAUACUCGCGAGUACUAAUUGUCGUGAAGCUAUGCUGACGUACUUGGCGACGUUGUUACGUUACAACGAGAAACGUGCUCAAAUACAAACGGAAGAAUUUUCCCUCGCUGGUGAUGGAUUCAUGUUGAACUUGUUAUCGGUGUUGCAAAAGCUUUCGGUGAAGAUCAAAUUGGACACGAUCGAUCCGUUGUAUCCGUUUCAUCCGGCGAGUUUCGUCGAGAUUAAGAAUGAGACAAGGCUAAAAUUAAGUAGCCAAGAAGUUCAGGAAUGGAUGAAACAUUUAGAGAGGACGCACAAGUGGGUCGAGCCAAAGUUUCCGACACAAUGUUGGUUCCUUACUCUACAUUGUCACCAUAUAGCGUUGUUACCGGCUUUACAGAAAUACCAGAGAAAGCUGAGGACUAUACGCGACGUGCAGAAAAUGCUCGACGAUCUACAAACGACUGAACCACAAUGGAAAGACAGUCCUUUCGCUGGUCGUAACAAAGAAUUGAUCGAACGUUGCAAGGAGCAAUUGAAACUGCUUGGCCAAUCGAAAUCCUGCGCCGACGCUGGAUUGAUCGAUCCCGUUUUGUUUAGAAGGUGCUUGCACUUUUACAUUUCCGUGGCAGAGAUACUGCUUAGUUUAUUGACACAAACUCCGCCAGGAAACCCAAUUCCUGAACUGCCUUUGCCUCAAGAGGUACCACAAAAGUUCACAGCACUACCAGAGUGGUACGUCGAAGAUAUUGCUGAAUUUGUAUUAUUUAGUCUUCAAUUCAGUCCUAGCGUGAUAGUGAACAACAUGGAUAACUCCCUCAUCACAUGGUUGCUAGUUGUAGUUUGUACGCCGCAUUGUAUACGAAAUCCAUAUUUAAUUGCAAAAAUUAUCGAAGUACUUUUCGUAAUAAAUCCCAAUGUUCAGGGUCGGACCGAGUCACUCCACGACCAAGUGAUGGCACAUCCGAUAUCUAAAACGGUACUGGCAUCGUAUCUGAUGAAGUUCUACACGGACGUUGAAACGACCGGAUCUAGUUCAGAAUUCUACGACAAAUUCUCAAUCCGUUAUCACAUUAGUUUAAUAUUGAAAUCCAUGUGGGACAGUCCGGUGCACCGGGAAUCUAUCAUCAAUGAAAGCAAUAACGGGAAGCAAUUCGUGAAAUUCAUUAACAUGUUGAUGAACGAUACCACGUUUCUGCUCGACGAGAGCCUGGAGUCGUUGAAGCGCAUACACGAGAUCCAAGAGCUGAUGUCCGACCUGAAAUCGUGGUCGCAAUUUUCCCGCGAACAACAACGUUCGCGGAUGAAACAAUUGGCCGCGGAUGAGAGGCAGGCCAGAUCGUACCUGACCUUAGCAAAGGAGACCGUUGCUAUGUUCCAUUAUUUAACGGACGACAUUACUGAGCCAUUUUUACGGCCAGAAUUAGUCGGGAGGUUGUGUGCCAUGUUAAACUUUAAUCUGCAACAACUAUGCGGCCCUAAAUGCAAGAACCUAAAAGUACGGAUACCGCAGAAGUACGGAUGGGAGCCGAGAGCUUUACUCAGUCAAUUGGUCGAUAUAUAUUUGCAUCUCGACUGUGAGAUAUUCGCUGCCGCUUUGGCCACUGACGAACGUUCGUUUUGUAAAGAAUUAUUCACCGACGCCGCACACAGGUUAGAGAGAGCGGUAAUCAAGUCUACCAUAGAAAUCGAGAGAUUCAUAGCGCUCGCGGAGCGCGCUGCGGACAUCGCCAGGGAUAAUCGUGCUCGUGACGAGGAUUACGGCGAUGCGCCCGAAGAAUUCCGAGACCCGCUCAUGGACACGCUUAUGGACGAGCCAGUUAAACUUCCAUCCGGUAUUGUCAUGGAUAAAGCAGUUAUAAUUAGACAUCUUCUCAAUAGUUCUACAGAUCCUUUCAGUCGACAACCGCUUAGCGAAGACAUGCUUACACCAAUGCCCGAAUUGAAAGAGAGGAUAUCGAUGUGGAAACAACAGAAGAAAAAACCGACGAAUAUAUAAAUUGUGAUUCAGAUGCAAUAACCAUUUCAUGGAAACAUCGCGGUAUUGCGUAGCUCUGGUUGUCGUUACUACACGAUACACAGUACCAGCCUAUAGAUGUAUCAUUACGUGUGGUAAAUGAAUAACAGUGCAAUGAUCUCGCUAAUGUGCAAAUAAUUGCGCUCAAUAAAUUUACGGUUUUUAUACAUUAAAACGUGAAACAGACUGCAGCUAGGUAACUGCCUGCACAUUACUCUUAAAGAAGACGAGAAAAAAAAAUAGAUACUUUUAAUAAAAUUUGUCACUAAUCGCUGAGUGGCAAGAUCGGUUAACCAGAGAGAAAUUCUAAUAUUAUUUACAUAUACUUGGCACUUGUUCCUUUGUACGUUCUACAUAAUACGAGAGACUGCGGAUUAAGACAUAAAACAAAGCCACGAUCGAUCGUUUUAAGAAGAAGUUUAAUAAAAGCGUAAAAGUAAGUUUAACGACGUAGAACUGAUGAAAGAACUCGUCCAUUCGGUAUUUGACAAUUUGCGAAUGGGAGGUGUGAACGAAAACCAAACAUUAUUUGAUGCAAAAUUUAUGUAAAACUAUUCGCAAUGAAACAAUCCGGACAAUUGCUAAUAAAGUCUCAAUAUAAAUGUUAACAUGUGCCGUGUUUGUAUGGAAGAAACUGGAUCAUUUACAGCGAUCGAUUCUUUUCGAAGAUGUACAUGUUAAAUGUAACGCAUAUUCGUUCAAUAAAUUUCAUGAGCAAAUCA